UGUCAGUGACUUUUUUUUUGAGUACUCAGACCGCUUUCUUACGUCUGAAUCAUUCCGAUUUUGUAUUAUUGGGUGUGUUUUUAUCGAAAAGAUAAGUGAAUACGAGCGCUCAAACUUCAUUUGCACACAAAAAUAAUGGCUAAAAAUACCUCCAGCUCUGCAUUUCGAAAGAUUGAUGUUGAUCAGUACAACGAAGACAAUUUUAAAGAAGACGAAACCGAUUCCAGUUCACAGCUCGGACCGGAUGAAAACGAAAUUACAAAACUUCUAGCAAAUGGUAAGAAUGUGGAGGCGCUGAAAAUUGUUUUGGAAAAUGCACCCCUCAGCAGUCAAAGUCAGCAGGUCAAAGACAAUGCACUGAGUUUGAUCCUACGUGUUAUUCUGUCAAUCAAAUCGAUGCAAAUCAACACUGCCGUGGAAACGCUUGCCGAACAGGAUCUAUUAGACACUUUGAUGAAAUACAUUUAUCGUGGAUUCGAAAUACCAUCGGAAGGUUCCAGUGGACAGUUGUUACAGUGGCACGAAAAGGUUUUCGCUCGCGGUGGCAUUGGUUGUAUUAAUCGAGUAUUGUCCGAUACGAAUCGGGCGUAGAAUUAAGCAAAAUAAAAAUUUGUUUCGUAAAGAGUGUUCCCCAUCUAUAAGUGGCUGAAUAAAAAUUUAAUUUUUUUUCCUUAUUA